GUUGAUGAUAAACAUGGCGGGAGAUACAACAUGAAUGUAAAUAUGUGGGAUAAACAUGCAGGAAAUGUAAACAAUUUGACGCUUUCUUACGCAUAUAUCCGUUCACCGACAUGGACAUCGUUAAUGCGGACCGUAUUGAUGACGUCGUACAGACAAAACAUUCACUACAACAGUAUGUAUUGGACAACCACAAGAAGGAGUUAGUUCAGAUUUUAUUGGAGGAAGAUGAAGAAGAUCACUACUCCAUUUCUGUCCAUGCCUUGUCCCUGUUUGAAAGUGACAUGUCAAUCUGUGACAUGCUCCUGUCCCAGUCGGAGAAACUACUUCCUGUGUUUGAUGCAGCAUUGGUGGAGACCCAGACUAGUCUCAUGGAGGAACGUCCUGAAAAACACAAGAUGAGUCUGAAGAGAAAUGUUCACGGGAGAGUGAUGUCACUACCAGUUUGUCCAGAGCUAACCAGAACCACUUUGCCUCGGACCUCAGAUGUGGGCAGUUUUCUUUCCGUUAGUGGUACUGUGAUCCGUACCACUGUAAUGAAGAUGCUAGAGUUUGAAAAAGACUACAUCUGUACCAAGUGUCGAUCUGUCAUCCCUGUACAGGCAGAUUUUGAGCAGUUUUAUGCUGUUUCCAAGCCUAGUAAAUGUACCAAUGAAAUCUGUAACUCCAACACUUUUUCUCCACUCAAUGAUGCAGGUACACAGCCACUAAAGUGUCGGAACUACCAGGAGGUCAAAGUUCAGGAACAGGUCCAGAAGCUGGCUGUGGGCACAAUUCCUCGAUCUAUGUGGAUCGCCCUGGAAGAUGAUCUGGUAGAUAUCUGUAAGGCUGGGGAUGAUGUCAUUAUUUGUGGAACAGUGCUGAGACGAUGGAGAUCGGUCGCUGUUGAUGCCCGCUGUGAAAUUGAAGUUGUCAUGAAGGCUAACCAUGUCUUAGUGACAAACGAACAGAGGAACACUGUACUGGUCACUCAGGAGCUGAAAAAUGAGAUAGCCAGCUUUUGGGAACAACACAAAAAGUGUCCAUUGAAAGGCCGUAACCAGAUUCUGGCCAGUCUCUGUCCACAGGUGUACGGGUUGUAUGUGGUCAAGCUGGCAGUGGCAGUGGUGUUAGCUGGAGGCGUACAGAGGAUUGACGAUUCUGGAACUCGUGUACGAGGGGAAAUUCACAUGCUUAUGGUUGGAGACCCAGGUACUGGAAAGUCACAGUUCAUGAAGUACGCAUCUAAGAUAACACCCCGAUCUGUAUUGACAACCGGAAUUGGGAGUACUAGUGCAGGUCUCACUGUCACAGCGGUCAAGGACAGUGGUGAGUGGCAGCUGGAGGCAGGGGCCCUGGUGUUGGCGGAUGGCGGGCUGUGUUGUAUUGAUGAAUUUAACAGUAUCCGGGAACACGACAAAGCCAGCAUACACGAGGCCAUGGAACAACAGUCCAUCAGUGUAGCCAAGGCAGGAAUGGUUUGUAAACUGGACACUAGAACGACUAUACUGGCCGCUACAAACCCCAAGGGACACUAUGAUCCAAACGAGUCGCUGUGUGUGAAUGUGGCACUAGCCAGUCCACUCCUGAGCCGUUUUGACCUUGUCCUUGUCUUACUGGACACUCAGAAUGAAGAUUGGGAUAGAGUUGUGUCCAGUUUUAUCCUUGAAAACAAAGACCCUGUUGGUGACAUAGACAUGAAAUAUUUAUGGGGAAUGGAGAAAAUGCAGGCUUACCUGUCUCUGAUCAAGUCUAUUAAUCCCCAGCUGACUGAGGACUCCAGCAGGGUCCUUAGGGAGUAUUAUCGAGCUCAGCGAGGAGCAGACGACAGGAAUGCUGCAAGAACUACCAUGCGGCUCCUACAGAGUAUGAUAAGGUUAUCACAAGCCCAUGCUCGCCUGAUGUUUCGUGAUACAGUGACGGUCCAGGAUGCUGUGUUAGCAGUGACACUGAUGGAGUCCUCCAUGCAGGGUGCUGCAUUACUGGGUGGAGUAAACGCUCUCCAUACUUCCUUCCCAGAGGAUGGAGAGGAGGAAUACAGGUUACAAGCUGAGAUGGUGCUGAGCAGACUUAAUCUACAUGACCUUCUGGAGCAGGAGAUGAUACGGCUGGAGGAGGAGAAAGGCUCAGGUGGGACUGGCUCUCAGGGAGGACACAGCUCUCAGGGAGGUCACAGCACUCAGGGAGGACACAGCUCUCAGGGAGGACACAGUUCUCAGGGAGGACACAGCUCUCAGGGAGGACACAGAAAUGCAGAAAAUAUGGAAUUAAUAAAUCUGCCAAGAUCACAGAUAAGUGAAAGUUCAAACUUACAUGAAAGUCAGCAACAGACAGAGGCAUAUCAUAAUUCUGGAACUCUGCCAAACAGUGAUUUGCAGGUUCAAAAUGGUGGAACAAAAUGUUUGCCUCAAGGUCAUCGUGAAAAACUGUUACCUCAAAAUGUAAGACUUGAACCAGCAAUAGAUGUGAGAAUUGAAAGGCAUAAAGUAAGGUCACCCGUGGAUAAUAAGGCUAAAUCUGAGGUACCGCAUAAUGUCAAGGAGAAAAGAUUACAGUGCCGAAGUGAAGGAAACAGGAAGUCUUCUUCUGAUUCAGACAGCCCUGACAUUUCUCUCACUGACUUAUUGAAUACCAGUGGAGAGGAUAGCCAGUCCAGUAUAGGGACAUUUGCUGUUCCGUCCGUGGGACUGACGCCGGGGUUCCUGAGUCCUAGACCUAUAACCUCCACACAGCUGUCCCAGUCUGACCGGAGGGACCAUGGUGAGUGUCCUAAUGUUACCUUGUCUGAUGUAUCUGAAAUCUCAGAGUCUCAUGAGGAUCAGAGACUUCUGUCCCAGAGUAAGGACGGGAAACCUCAACAAUCAGUAGCACGUGCAAUUCAGAACCGUCUUGAUGAAGAAAAUAAUAGGAAAAUAACUACCAAGGGAAAUACUGGAACAUCCGGAUCAGAUAUAUUAGAUAUUUGUGACAAGGAUCAUCAAGGUAAACUUGUGUAUGUGAAAGAUACAGUUGUAGAAAAAUCUAAAGCUGGUUCAAAGAAACUUGUUAACAAACUUCGCAGUAAAAUAGAAGCAUCAAAAAGAGAUAAUUCAUCAGGAACGUCAUCAAUAUCUGUCGAAAAAGUUGUUAAGGAUACUGCAAGUCCUCUAAUCUCUACAGGAAGCUACAAUUCAUCUGGAAGACAAGCAAAGAAAGAUACAUCUCUUGAACAAAGACUUAAAAGCUGUGAAGGAAAUUCAGGCAUGAGUAGAUGUAAGGUGUCAAACAAUACAAUGUCUAAGUUAAAAAGAUUUAUGUUUGAUACAUCAGCAGAGAACAAGGCAGGGGAUUCCGAAGUAAUUGUGGACAACAGCGUUCUCUCUGAUAAGUCCAUAGAAGUCGGUGAUGGCAACAAAACUGGACAUAAACGGAAGCACAGUGGCCAGGACAGUGGCAUGUCUGAAAGUAUGCUUUCUGGUCACCUGUGGACUGAUGGGAUAGAUGAGCCCUCUCUGAGUGAUAUAUCCGACCCAGAGUUAAGUGGUGGUGACAGAAAAUCAGACAGAUUGUUGGGACCAGAGAUAAACCAAUUCAAAAGUGCAGAACAUUGUAACAAAAAACCCAGAUUUUCUAAGGACAAGUCGUGUGAGAAAAUCAGUGAAAGAUGCACAGAGCAACUUUCAGAAGACAGGAAAUCGAAUAAAAUAUGUAAAGAUUUAAAUUUGAACAAGUUUAAGUUCACACGUAAACCUCUUUCUGAGCAGGUUCCUCAGACCAACAGUUGUAAAUUUCCGAUAAAUAGGCCUUUUGACAGGAACAAAAGUCCAGUGACCUCUCAAAAUUCACAUUCCUCAAACCAAUCAAACUUAUCACAAACUACUUCCGGUUUGGCACAGCCGUUGAAUUCUCAAACUGCUGUACAUACUCCUUCACAGCCUGCUUCCUGCUUGUCCCGGUCAACACUAGCAAGUCCUGCCUGGCUUACCAGUCUGAACUCGAAGAAGGCAUCCCCCAUGUUCACUGUCCCAAGUUCUGUAGAUAACGACUUGGACGACCUUGACCUGGAACUAGAUUGAUCAAUACAUCAGGCCUUUAUUACUUGAGAGAUAAACGAUUAACAAGUUUCAUGACAAAUACAAAUUACUGUGUAGCCUAGGACAUAAUAAGUGCACUGUUCACAAAAACACGAGGGGUAGAAUAAAUGGGGAAAAAAAACAGGGUUUCUUGUGAAGUUCACGCUGGAAAAAACAGAUCAGUGAAGCAAGCAGCCUUUUGUAGACUUUAAGUACACACGUGUCUUCUUUACCACAGUACAAUAUUUGCUUAAAUGAGCUUUAAAGAGCAGGUGCUCUUUGUAGGUCAAGAUGGUACAGGGAAAAUCGUUUUUUUCUGUUUGUGAUAAAAAAAACAUGACAUUUACAUAUGCUCGUUAUAAAACUAUUUUGUAGUGCUCAGAAAAGAAAGAGAUCAAUAAAAUAUAUAUCAUUUACA